AUCAAGAAUAUGUGCUUCCACAGAAAAGUUCUCCAUCUCUUCACGUUAUGGAUUUAACAAACUGCUCUGGAGUACUCUUCAAGCUCCCAAAAUCUGAUCUACAAAAAAAUUAAGACAAACCAAAGAUCAGAGUGAGACUUCCUAUUUGUUUGGUCCUCUUUGGUUGAAGUUCCUGAUGCCCUCUCCGGUCCGCCCCCAUCUUUAAAGCGUCAACAGCGCCAAACUUUGGGCUCCCCAACGGGAAAAUGACGAGCGGCGAAGAGGAGCGGCAGUGGAGGAAAGUGCAUUCCGUUACAGGAGUGAUACCUCGGUCCAGGCAUGGACACCGUGCAGUCUCAAUCCGAGAGCUCAUCGUCGUUUUCGGUGGUGGAAACGAAGGGAUAGCGGAGGAUCUCCAUGUUUACAACACUGUCUCAAAGCAGUGGUUUCUACCUGCGGUUAGGGGUGACAUCCCUCCUGGCUGUGCAGCCCAUGGCUUCGUUUGUGAAGGUACUCGAAUACUGGUCUUUGGUGGAAUGGUUGAGUUUGGGAAAUACACCAACAGCCUCUAUGAACUCCAGGCUAGUCGCUGGCUGUGGAAGAAGCUGAAGCCAAGGGUACCCAGAAAUGGCUCACUGCCAUGCCCUCGGAUCGGACACAGCUUCACUCUUGUGGGUAAUAAAUGCUACCUGUUUGGAGGGCUGGCCAAUGAUAGCGAGGAUCCCAAUGGCAACGUGCCAAGGUAUUUGGGAGACUUGUAUGAAUUGGAGCUCCAGUCAGUGUCAGGGGCCAGAGGCUGGAACAUCCCAGACACAAAGGGCCGUGGUCCUUCUGCACGGGAGUCCCAUACAUCAGUUGCCUACACUGGCCUUGGUUCCCCGAAGCUUUACAUCUUUGGAGGGAUGCAAGGAAGUCGGCUAGAUGACCUCUGGCAGCUUGAUCUUGACACAAUGGUUUGGUCAGUGCCGGAAACAAAAGGUUCCACACCACUUCCCAGAAGUCUUCAUUCGGCUAGUGUCAUCGGAAACAAGAUGUAUGUUUUUGGCGGCUGGAUUCCUGCUCCAGAGUCAGAGACGCACAUUGCUUUAGGAACUGAAUGGAUCUGCACUAACUCACUGAGUGUUCUCAACUUAGACACUAUGACUUGGCAGAACCUUGGCCCAGAGCAGCACGAUGAUGAUAUAGAGUCCCAGCUGCAGAGCCAGGGACCACAGACCGACGAUCCAUAUGCCUGCAGGCCAAGAGCCAGGGCUGGCCACUGCGCCGCUAGUGUCGGUUCCAGGCUUUAUGUUUGGAGCGGUCGUGAUGGAUACCGCAAGAGCUGGAACUACCAAGUGUGCUGCAAGGACCUGUGGUACCUGGAAACAGAUCGACCAGCGAUCCCAGAGGCAGUACUGCUCAUCAAAUCUACUGUCAGCAUGCUCCAUGUGGCAUGGCGUCCCCUGGCUGCGGCAGACUGCUAUAUCCUCCAGAUCCAGCCUGCAAGUUCCCCCAGGACUACAGUCAGUGGUCUGCUCCCCAAACCAGCGGAUCCAACAGGAGUAGAUGGUCAGAAUGGAAAGGAAAAACAAUCUGCUGAAACCGCAAACCGAGAAGAGAAAGGAGCAGCACAGGGUGCUUUGGUGCAGCAGGAUACUUCAGCAAAAUCUUCAAAUGGCUCAGCAGGCAGUCAAGCACAGGGUGGGAGGAUCGAUGGGAGAGGCUUGAAAGAGGACUCUACCCUAAAACUCUGCACUGCUGGGCAGGAGGCGGCGGCAGCAGCAGAUCUCAGCAGCUCAGCUCAGCUCCCGUCAGGCAAACAGCCGGUUUCUGCAGACAAGACAGCAGAUCUUUAUGCCUGCACAAAUCAGGUUCGGCAGAAUCCGGACAACGCUGUGUGGUUUGAUGUCGGCGUGUUCAAAGCACUCUUCUCUGAGGUCAGCAACUACUACCUACCUGCUGAUGGUGAACAGGUGACGUCUGCCAUCAACAGUUGGGCAACGAACACUAAAGAGAAGCUGCCCGGGCCUCAGGACUACCAGGGCAGAGAGAAGCAGGAGCUGGCUACUGGUCAGACGUACAGGUUCAGAGUUGCAGGCAUCAACUGCUUUGGCCAGGGAGAUUUCAGCCCAGUCAGCGAGUUCAAAACCUGCCAGCCUGGCUUCCCUGGAGCUCCCUCUGCUGUUAAGAUUACCAAGGCCACUGAUGCAGUCCACAUCACUUGGGAGGCUCCUUCAUCUCCAUCGGGCCGGAUCCUGGAGUAUUCCAUGUACAUGGCAGUGAGGAAGAGCCGCUCAUCCACUUCGGAUCGGCCGGGUCAGAUGGCGUUCAUCCGGAUAUACCGUGGCGCCAAGACGUCCUGCUCGGUCAGUUCCAGCCAUCUGGACAACGCGCACAUCGACAGCUCUGCCUCCAACCGACCAGCUGUCGUCUUCCGGAUCGCUGCAAAGAAUGAGCAAGGCUACGGCCCAGCCACGCAGAUCCGCUGGAUUCAAGAUCCCAGUACACUGCGAACAUCACUAUCCAAAGCUGACAGCAGUGCUGAGGCUGACAACGAUGCUGCUGACAGCUCCAGCUGAAAAUGUUUUAGGGCAAGGACUUUUCACUCAAGAUGCUGGCAAAUCUAUUUCCCAAUAGUUUUGUUAAUUUAUUUUUAAUCUAUUUAAUUUUUACCUUGUAAAUAGAUUUACAUUUUCACAGGCUGUUUGGCCACUGGUCUGUUUUAGUUAAAGUGUUUUGUUAAGUAAUGAUAUUAUUAUAAGAUGUAGAAAACACUGCAAGUAUUGUUUGAAAUGCAUUCAGGAAGACCUGAAGACACCUCAGUGUUUACUGAACAGCCACUGACAGGUUAUGAGAAGGAAACACGAGUGGUCCUUUUAUAGGCCCCACUGGUCCCACGAGGUUAUGAAUAUCAGCAACGUCGCUCAUGUUUUUGUAUCGUACUCAGCCACAUGUUACUGCAAACAUUUCCGUUAUACAUCUAUAUCAUUUCAGUUUGAUUUUUCUUUGUCUUUACCUCAUUUAUCUCACUGUAAUGUUAUGUGUAAUACAUCAGUGCUUUUAUUAGCAAUUUCAAAAGCCAUGUACUCUUAACAUACAUCAGUGCUUUUAUUAGCAGGUUCAAAAGCCAUGUACUCUUAACCUAUUUCUGACAUAAAAUUUCAUUUCAAUAUACUCACAUAGCCACAGAAAACAGUCAUGUACUGGGUGAAAGGUAUUACAUCUUUGCCAUCUUCUCCAUCGUGUUACCGUCUUUACCAGGUGCAGUAAAGAUGCCACACUUUUUACCCGUUUCAUUUUCCUCUUAUAAAAGACUCCCACUGAUCCAUAUACAGUGUCAUCAGUUAGCCAUUGGAGUUUACACUGAGUAAAUUGUUGUUUUUAUAGUUCAGAUUAUAUCAAUCUGGACUGGUUUUCUUGAAGAUUUGAAUAUAAAUGUCAUGAUAGUAUCAGCAAACAUCAUCAGCCUGUAAUUGUCCUAAAGAGGACACUCGCAGCUUUGCAUGGACCUCAAUAAUGUACAGACCACAGGCAGUUAUUACAGAGGCUGGGUGAAAUACUGUUGCAAUAUAAUGGAAAACAAAAACAAAGGUGUGAAUUUACAUUUUUCACUUUUAAAGCAGUGACCAGAGAGUGCACAGAGUUUCUAAUGACAAUCAUUAGUGGCACUGUAUAGGAUGUAAAGAGAGGUGCUCAAGAUACGACCACCUGCUGGAUGCUGUUGUAACACCUGUGUGUGGGCCGGUGGAGAUGUGCUUCAGCAUCUUUGGUCGGUUUGUUGCUCUGGAUCAGCAGCAGCUUCUUCUGGUAUCUAAUUGCAGAUGUGUGCAGGCUGCUCAGGUCUCACAGGUGAUGAAGUCUAAUGUGUGUAUAACUAAUCGAUGUGACCUGCAAUAAAAAAAAAAAA